AUGGUGCAGGAAUAUGUUUCUCCUGUCAGGGUUCAUAAAUAUCCAUUUGAAAUGGUGAUGGCCGCAUACGAGAGGCGGUUCCCCAGCUGCCCGCAGAUCCCGGUGGUGCUUGAGUGUGUGAUCACAGAGGACAGCUGGACCGCGGACGAUUCGCAGCGGUACACCACGAGGCGCUGCCAACUCAAUGUCGACGCGCCUUACUUGCUGAAAAAGAUGAUCGGCGUAGACUACGUAUACUUCAUCCAGAAGAAUCACCUGGACUUGAAGGGUAGAGUGCUUGAAAUUGAGGCGACGAACGAGACCUUCUCGGCCAGGGUCGGCGUCGUCGAGAAAUGCCGAUACUAUGUUCACCCCGAAAACGCAGAAUGGACCUGCUUCGAACAGAGCGCCCUUCUCGACGUGAAGAACUUCUUUGGACUCGAGAGCACGGUCGAGAAGAUCGCUAUGAAGCAGUACGCGGCUAAUAUUGCUAAAGGCAAGGAACUGAUCGAGUCCUUUAUGGAUGAGGUCCUAGCUGACGGCGUUCGAGAUCUUAAACCUUGGGAGGCUGGAAAGCAUGCACGCAACAGAGAAUUGCGUCGGGUGGUGUCCCGCGGUACUGAACCGUUGUCUCCUAUAGCCGCUCCCGACUCACAGAGACACUCGCAACCAGAUCAAUAUACCCUGGAUAGUGAGUACAUCAAGCGAUACCUGGGUGAGCUGACACCGAUGCAGGAGUCGCGGCUGCUGCAGCUUCGGAAGUGGAUUGCAGAUCUACAAAAAGGAAAAGUACCUAGCGACACCACCCUGCUGCGUUUCCUCCGCGCGCGUGACUUCAACGUGGAGAAGGCGAGGGAGAUGCUUUCCCAGUCUCUUCUGUGGCGCAAGAAGCACCAAGUGGACCGCUUGCUCUCCGAGUACGAAACACCCGAGGUUGUGAAACAGUACUUCCCUGGUGGCUGGCAUCAUCACGAUAAGGAUGGUCGUCCGCUCUACAUCCUGCGACUGGGUCACAUGGACGUCAAGGGCUUGCUUAAGUCGAUUGGAGAGGAUGGACUCUUAAAGUUGACACUUCACGUAUGUGAAGAGGGCUUAAAACUCCUGGAGGAAGCGACUAGGUCAUCGGAACACGCAGUUCAGGCUUGGAGCCUGCUCGUAGACCUGGACGGACUCAACAUGCGACACCUCUGGCGUCCCGGAGUCAGGGCUUUACUUCGCAUCAUACAGGUUGUAGAAGCGAACUACCCAGAGACAAUGGGCAGGGUACUCAUCGUGAGAGCACCAAGAGUCUUUCCGAUCCUAUGGACGAUCGUUAGCACGUUUAUAGAUGAAAAUACCCGCAGUAAGUUUUUAUUUUACGGUGGCAAGGACUAUCUGCAACCCGGUGGACUGCUAGACUAUAUCCCCAAAGACCUAAUCCCGGACUUCCUUGGUGGGCCUUGCAAGAGCUUCGUGCAUGAAGGUGGACUGGUGCCGAAGAGUCUAUACGUAAGUGGAGCCUUCACGGAGCGCGACGGUGACCCGCUCAGCGAGGACAGCAUUUAUCGUUCUGUCAGUUUGGCCAAAGGACAGGUGCACGAGGUGGUGGUGAAUAACCGCGACCCGCAGAGCGUGCUGACGUGGGACUUCGACGUGCUGCGCCACGACAUCGCCUUCACCGUGCUGCACACGCACCUCGACCUGCCGCCGCCAGACGAAUCUGCCACAAGCGGCGGGGCGCAGUGCGUGCUGGCGGCGGGCUGGCGCGAGGGCCAGCACUUCCGGCGCGCCGAGCCGACGCUGCUCUGCCACGACGGCGAGAGCAUACAGGGCUCUCACGUAAUGACGGAGUGUGGCAACUACGUGCUGCAGUGGCGCUGCGAAAUCUUGGACACUUCUCAUCGAGCUGCCCAGCUCAUGUACUUCUACGAGACCCUCGACAGUCAUCAGUACAAGGGUUCGAUGUCGAGCCUGCAGUCCGGGGCGAGUGGUUUCUCGUGCCUCAGCAGCAAGUCUGCGGGCAGCUCGUGCCCGUCGCGGUGA